AUGGUUGAUAAACGCUUACAGUGCUUAUGUGUGAAAUUAGGACAAUCUCUGGAAGCAUUUAAUACUCCAGAUGAUCGAAAUCUAGCAGAGAAAGUUUAUCAGGAAUUAGAAGAGAGAAUCGAUCUAUCAAGAUGUACCGUCUUGAGUGAUUUUGACUUCGAUGAAUGGAGACGUAAUUAUCUACAGUGGAUUGAAAGUUGUCACUAUCGUCUAGCUGAUAUAUUUCCUACUGUUACUGCCAGUACCGAUACCAUUCAAGCUGAUCAACAAAAAUCAAAGCUUCACUUACACCUUUCUCCAACAUCUUCAACAUCAUUGACUCCAAAAAGUGUGUCUACUGUCUCGUCAUCCACACAGUCGAUGAACAAUUCUCCAAGGCAUAGCUCACCUCCUACGCCUACUACUAAAAGCAUCAAAUCAGUUGGGAAACAAUCCAGUAGUGAAUCUUUAAAUCUAGGUAGUAAUGAUGUUGUCGUCGAUGUUGCCACUGGUUCGAAUAAAACACAUGCAAUUGCAAAGGGUAAACAAACUGUGAAUAUUUCAAAAUCACCUGAAUUAAAUUAUUCACAGUUUAGGGAAGUUUUACUCCUACGACGACGACAACACCAGCAACAAAAGCAACAUAGUCGACCUAAAUAUGACUGGGCAAAUCCUCUGCACGAAAAAGGCAGAAUAACACAUGAACAAAUUAUUGAAGCUCUGACUGAUAAAAAACAGCAACAACAACAACAACGACAGGAACAGCCAACCAGACAGCAACAUCUGCGAAAUGAUGAGUUAAUUGCACGUGCAAUAGAACAAGAAACCAGUAAAUGUAUUUGCCAAAUAAAAUUUCAACCUAAAAAAGUUGGAACAGAUAAAUAUUGUCAACAACAACAACAACGACAGGAACAGCCAACCAGACAGCAACAUCUGCGAAAUGAUGAGUUAAUUGCACGUGCAAUAGAACAAGAAACCAGUAAAUGUAUUUGCCAAAUAAAAUUUCAACCUAAAAAAGUUGGAACAGAUAAAUAUUGUUUUGGACCUAGUUCGAAAGUCUACUUAGUCCGUUUCCUGAAUAGUAUCACUAUGGUACGGGUAGGCGGUGGAUGGAUGAAGUUGAGCGAAUUCUUAGACACUCGUGAUCCAUGCAGAAUUGUCCAUAAAAGAAAUCGUGUUGGUUCUUCUGCGCCUAAAGCAAAUCCAUCAUUGACCACAUUCACACCUUCUGGUUCAAAGAGAGAAAAUACUUUAGGAUUUAUUGAAGUCACUCCAAUACGAGGGACUAAUUCGCAUGACGAAUCGCCUGCUGUUUUUGGGGAGGAAUUCCACAUCACAUCAACACCACUGCUGAAUAAGGAAGUCGGCCAUGGACAAAGACAAAUACCAAGUUUACUUGGUCAAGCUUUCAUUGAUACCACUACUACCUCUUCAGCGUUUGAGUCAUCUUCAAAUGAACAGGCAUCAACAACGAUAACCACAAAAGACCGAAAGAAGAAAACAAGAAAACACUAA